AUGGCUCGACGCGGCUGGCUGCGGGCGCCCCUCAGCCGCGGCGGCGGCGGCGGCCCCGGGGCCCGCCGGCUCAUGCGGCCGCUCUGGUUGCUCCUCGCAGUGGGCGUCUUUAGCUGGGCCGGGGCUUCGGACGGCGCCGGCGGAGCGGCGAGAGCCAUGGACGAGGAGAUCGUGUCCGAGAAGCAAGCCGAGGAGAGCCACCGGCAGGACAGCGCCAACCUGCUCAUCUUCAUCCUGCUGCUCACCCUCACCAUUCUCACGAUCUGGCUCUUCAAGCACCGCCGGGCCCGCUUCCUGCACGAAACCGGCCUGGCUAUGAUUUAUGGUCUUUUGGUGGGCCUUGUGCUUCGAUAUGGCAUUCAUGUCCCAAGCGAUGUAAAUAAUGUGACCCUGAGCUGUGAAGUGCAGUCAAGCCCAACUACCUUAUUGGUAAAUGUUAGUGGGAAAUUUUAUGAAUAUACACUUAAAGGAGAGAUCAGUUCACAUGAACUCAAUAACGUGCAAGAUAAUGAAAUGCUUAGAAAGGUUACCUUUGAUCCAGAAGUAUUUUUCAACAUAUUGCUUCCUCCUAUCAUAUUUUAUGCAGGAUAUAGUCUGAAAAGAAGACAUUUCUUUCGAAACCUUGGGUCUAUCCUAGCCUAUGCUUUUCUUGGAACAGCAAUUUCUUGUUUUGUAAUUGGGUCAAUAAUGUAUGGCUGUGUCACACUGAUGAAAGUGACCGGACAGCUUGCGGGAGAUUUUUACUUUACAGACUGUCUGCUGUUUGGUGCCAUUGUAUCAGCAACUGACCCAGUGACUGUCCUUGCCAUAUUCCACGAGCUUCAAGUGGAUGUUGAACUCUACGCACUUCUUUUUGGGGAGAGUGUCCUCAAUGACGCCGUUGCCAUAGUGCUGUCUUCAUCCACUGAAGAUCCCAAGGAAAAUCCCAAUGGACUUGAACAUGGCUGUGACAUCAAAGGUGUGGCUGUUGUCUCCGGCUGGCUGGUUGCUAUUUUCUUGGGAAGAGCUGCUAAUAUUUACCCCUUGUCCCUCUUACUUAAUUUGGGUAGAAGAAGUAAGAUUGGAUCAAAUUUUCAGCACAUGAUGAUGUUUGCUGGCCUCCGCGGCGCAAUGGCAUUUGCUUUGGCCAUUCGGGAUACUGCAACUUACGCACGCCAGAUGAUGUUCAGCACCACGCUUCUGAUUGUGUUUUUUACUGUAUGGGUAUUUGGCGGCGGCACAACUGCCAUGCUGUCAUGCUUGCAUAUAAGGUACUGUGCUAGACUCUGGGGAUACAGAGAUGAAUUGAGACAUGGCCUUUACCCUCAAGGAGCUCACAGUCUAUUUGGGGAGACUGACAGGGUUGGUGUUGAUUCCGACCAAGAACAUUUGGGCAUUCCGGAAAAUGAAAGAAGAACCACCAAAGCAGAGAGCGCCUGGCUUUUCCGGAUAUGGUACAACUUUGAUCAUAACUACCUGAAGCCUCUGCUGACGCACAGCGGGCCUCCCCUCACCACCACGCUCCCCGCCUGCUGCGGGCCCAUCGCGAGAUGCCUGACCAGCCCCCAAGCUUAUGAGAACCAGGAGCAGUUGAAAGACGAUGACUCCGAUCUCAUUCUCAAUGAUGGCGACAUUAGUCUGACGUAUGGGGAUUCUACUGUGAACACCGAAUCAGGAACAUCCGGUGCCCCUAGGAGGUUUAUGGGAAAUAGUUCAGAAGAUGCCUUGGAUCGGGAGCUCUCAUUUGGGGACCACGAACUGGUCAUUCGGGGAACACGCUUGGUUCUUCCCAUGGAUGAUUCUGAACCCCCAUUAAAUUUGUUAGAUAAUACGAGACACAGUCCGGCCUAA